CGUAAUGUGUCCGUCGGAUAUGGAAAUUGUCUCGCGACAGCAUGUCUGAUCAGGCUAUUCGCGCAUCUGACCAGUUUAACAGUGUGCGGUGAGGCUCGCUUCGCACAAUGCGACUGUGAAACGAUGAAGCCAUCACUGGGAAACGCAUGUCGACUGCUCUGGAAAGUUCUGUGGAGCGCAAAUAUCUCCGUUAUUAAAUGCAUUAUCACAUAUAUUAAAAGUGAAAGAAAAAUGACAGGAGUGUAGAAUGCAGAAUGUUAGGGACUGUCGCCAUUCACUUCCAUAGCGUGUGUGCCACAUUAAGAAAGCUUAGUAAGAGUUUUGGUUUCGUCACAUUUGGAAGAACAUGAUCGUGAGUGUCACCGUAGUUUAACUUUUGCGUGAACUGUGUCUUUAAAUAUAGGCACAAGUGAAAGCGUGCGGUUUAGUUCCUUGAAUGGACUUCAGAACUGACCCGUGCACGCGCGGCGACCUUAUUUUCAAUCAAAAAUUAUUCACAAUUUGCGGGUCAGUUGGGGGGAAACGUCUCAAGUGGCUUAAAUGAGCAGUCCCACAGUUUUGCUUUCCAGUUCACACGUUGGUAACUGCGUUAUCACGCUUUAAAGCUACGUGCUUAUGGUUUCUAAACGUUGAACUUGAAUGAUUUGUGUCUGCUAAACUUUUUAUGAGAUGGACAUUAAGUUUUUUAUAAAACUGCAUUUUUAUAAACUGUCCAAAACAAACAUAAAAACGUCUUGCACGUACUCCGUUUUAGGCACACACGCCCCCCGAGUUUACAGGAAAAAGUCUGUAAACUCGGUCACGUGUAUUACACGUGUAUAUAUUUAAGUGAAAUCAGCAGCAGAGCUUUGUAUUUGUGUAUUAAUAGGUGUACUAGACAUCUAGCAUGUCGUGCGAUCGCAAUUCAGAAUGACUUGGCGAUUUUGACCCUGGAGCGAACCGUUUUAAACAGGCGCUGUCCCUUUAAGAAAUUCUGCGCACUCAUGGUUACACUGAACUUAUUAUGUAACUAUACAUCGGUUGAUUCGUAAGAAGUGCCGGCUGAAGCUAAUGUGAACCACUAUGGAGCUGUACAACAAAGACAUAUUUUCUGAUGAUAUCCUGCCUGUUGUCAUUGUUGGUAAUGGACCAUCAGGGAUUUGUCUCUCUUAUUUGCUGUCGGGAUACACACCUUACCUUUCCCCCGAUGGCUUCCAUCCCAACCCAAUUUUGCAUAACAAGCUGAAAGAGAAUCCUCAUCUGUCUUUGUUUGACCAGGAUCUGGAGUACCUGUGUGAGGGUGUAGAAGGGCGUUCAUCAAACCCUGUGGCUGUGCUGUUCGACGCCCUCCUUCUUCCAGAUGGUGACUUUGGGGUGGAGUGCGCCUCCCCGCUGAUAUGGAGACAUGAGCCAGAAAGGGCCACACCUCACCUAGUGCUGGGGAAGGGACCACCUGGAGGGGCCUGGCAUGCGAUGGAGGGCUCAAUGCUGACACUCAGCUUGGCUAACUGGAUGGAACUUCCUGGUGUGAAGCUGAAGGAAUGGAUGAGAGAUAAACGAAGAAAUCUACGUAAUGACCGGGCCACACCAGCUGAGAUUGCGUCGUACUAUCAGCACUAUGUGACUAAAAUGGGUAUGGAGAAGAGCUUUGCUUGCGGCACCACCGUGACCUCAGUGUCUCGGGUUUCCCUUGAAUCUGGCCGCUCCGUUUGGAAGAUCCAAGGCCUCCAGAAAAGAGCAAGCAGUGGUGAAGAAAUUGAAGUCCCUUUCGCGGUCUAUGCCGAGAAUGUGGUGCUUGCCACAGGGACCCACGACAUCCCUGCCCGUCUCGGCGUGGAAGGCGAAAACCUUCCUUUCGUUUGCCACAGCUUCUGGGAGCUGGAAGCUGCCAUUUCGUCAGGCCACUUGGACAGCGCUUCAGAGCCGGUUCUUGUGGUCGGUGCUGGGUUGACGGCAGCAGAUGCCGUUCUCGCAGCUCACCACUUAAACACUCCUGUAUAUCACGCCUUUAGACGACCUGUGAGCGAUCCAGCACUCAUCUUCAACCAGCUGCCCAAGCUCCUCUACCCCGAGUACCACAAAGUGCAUCAAAUGAUGAGCCAACAACAGUGCAAAGGGGGUGAGACGGUGGCCAAUCUGUCCAACCAGCCUCUUUCUUCACCUGCUGAUGGCAACUGUUAUCCUGGUUACCUCAGUUUCCCAAAGCACCAUGUGGCUGCCUUCAGAUCUGAUGGCAAGUGUGUGCUUGAGGAUGAGGGAGGGAAACAGACCGUGCUGCAAGUCUCAAUGGCGCUCGUUUUGAUUGGUGCCCAUCCCAACCUGUCAUUCCUCCCCGAACAUGGUGGUCCGCUGGCGUUGGACUCGGAAGAGCCAAUCAGUUGCCGGCGGAACCCGCUAGACGUGGAUCCAUACACGUAUGAGUGUGUGAAGGAGCCUGGGAUGUAUGCCAUGGGUCCGCUGGUGGGUGAGAACUUUGUGCGGUUUCUGAAAGGUGGAGCUUUGGCCAUUGUGUGUGAUUUAGCCCGAAAACGAAGUAAAAAACGUCAAGAGAAUUGCACAGCGAGCUCAUUGAAUAUUCAACUGACUAACUGUACACUGGAAGCAUGAAAAGACUUUGACUUUUAAGGGGUGAAAAGAGUUUUGAUAUACGUGACCCUGGACCACAAAACAAGUGUUAAGUGUAAAAUUAGUCAAAAUUGAGAUUUAUACAUCAUCUGAAAGCUGAAUAAAUAAUAGUUUCAUUGAUGUAUAGAUUGGACAAUAUUUUGCCGAGAUGCAAAUAUUUGAAAAUCUGGAAUCUGAGGUGGCAAAAAAAACGAAAUACUGAGAAAAUCAUCAUUAAAGUCCUUAGCAAUGCAUAUUACUAAUCAAAAACUGAAGUUAUUAAUGGUAGGAAAUUUACAAAAUAUAUUCAUGGAACAUAAUCUUAAUAUCCUAAAGAUUUUGACCCAUACAAUGUAUUUUUGGCUAUAGCAACUUAAGACUGGUUUUGUGCUCCUUGGUCACACAUAGCUAUCUAUUCCAGAAUCCACAUGCAUGUCAGAAAAUGCUCAGUGGUUCUGCUCCAACUGACACAAAGGAAUCAGUUGUUGAACAGUUCAUGACCGUUCCCACAUCCCACAGCGCACGGACACAUUUUUUUGUUGUUAAUGUCUAACUAACCCACCUCUGAACAUUAAUCUGAGUCUUCAGACACAUGGUGCUUUAACACUUCAGGGAUUUAUUUUUCCAUGGCUGCUCACUCGAAACACUACUCAUGUUCUCACAGCAAUCAUGUUCUGUUGUGCCAAAUUAACUUUUGUAGGCUCAGUGUUUUCAAAUCUAAUAUUUCCUUCAUGUAAGGAAAACACAAAACUUAUCUUUGCCAAGCAAAUGCUGCUGUUGUAUCAAUGGUGGUACUAACCCUCUUACUGUCUUCUUCAGUGAAUGUAGAAAUCAUAGUGGACCUGAAAAAUCAGAAAGAUCAUUGUAGUUUCUUCUUCUUGUCUCCCGUACAUUGCCUUCAAUUGUAGUGAAUCCUCGGUUAUACCAGCAAACCAGACUUGAGUGUCUAGAAUUAGGGCUCUUUAAAGUUUAAGACGUCCUUGUUGCAUUAUGCUGUUACAAACCUAAAGCCAAGCUCAGUGAGGUCCGGCUGCUCUUACAAAACUGACCACAAGAGGGCCUUUGCACGCCGUGAGUGAAGCCAGCAACAUUGCAUCAGACAUGAUCUAUCAUGACGUUAUUUGAAUGAAUGAUUAAUCCUCCUCCAUAAGCUUAUUCAACGUUGUGUUAACCGACAUGGGCCAAAUAUAUGACCUAGGACCUUUUGAUGCAAUGAUGAAAAUAACUACAUUUAUUUCAAAUUUUGUAAGAUGCAAAAUCAAAACAAAUGCAUAUAUUGUUCCUUCAAGAAGAUUAUUCAUGAUUAUGAUGCAACCUCCUUUUUUUUCUUUUCUUUUUUUUUAUCUAAAAACUAUUACUGCUGCAUUAAUUGCGUGUAAGUUAUGAACCCCGGCAGCUCUGAUAAAACAUGUUUGUACUUUUUUAUGUAUAGUUUAUCUACAUGCGUUGUUGCAGUCAAAUACUUUUUUUUAAUAAUAAACUGGAGCCUGAAAACAA